AUGAUGCACUCACGACGAUUUUCUCUUACAUCAGACAGUGCCGACUUCCUUGCUACUCGUCCACACACAGCGUCUGUGCUGCCCGGGAAACCAGCGGCCAAUCCUCUGCAGUUUGUUAAAGUAGGUCCAGCAGACCUCGGCAAUAAGGCCAGGGAACAACUACGGCGCGCUGAACUAGCCAAGAAGACAGAACCAGCCAGGAUCGAGCGACAGGAAGACUGGCAAUCGAACCUCGACAAUUGGAAGUCCUCGCGACGGAAGCGGGUGGAGCACAUCAUAGAGCGUUGUGUUGAAGUACGCCGCUUUGAAAACGAGAUCCAGCCGCGUGGCAAGUCCAAGACCUUCAACGAAAUGCUGGAAGAACGGUUACAAAAGAUUUUUGUAUUCGAGUGUCAGGUAUACAAUGAUAGUUUUAUACGUGCGUCCAAAUCUACUCUAUCAAGAUUAGAAGAAGGGUCUUUGCCCUCGAACGAGGACUCUCACAGACCGCAACACGCGACGUCGUCUCACUCAUCUGUCAGCCACAACUGGGUCAAAUCUCGUUUUACGGAUGCUGGAUAG